UAUCUUAUCUUUUAUGGAUAACAUAUUCGCCAUAUUAUCAUAUACCGCGUUUAGUAAAAUGUCGAAACAAUUUAUGAUAAAAUUGAGCAUUUAGUAAGUUCAAAAACAAUUGUUUUAACAAUUGUGUCGUAGAUAUUCCUCGGAAUUUAUGAGAUAAUGUCAGAUUGUCUUGUUGUUGCAGCAAUCGACCUAGGAACUACCUUUUCAACAUGGGGAUUUUCGUUCAAACACGACUAUGAAUCUGAGCCGACAAAAAUCACGGCAAAACAAUGGACAGGAUUGCAGUCGACGGUAUCUUUGAAAGGACCAACAUCAAUUUUGAUCAAUCCUGAUGGACAGACAAUUGACAGUUUUGGUUUUGAUGCUGAAGAUAAGUAUGCUGAACUUGUAGAAAAAGGUCAACACAAUGACUGGUACUUCUUCAAGAGAUUUAAGAUGACCCUCUAUGACGAGAAGGGUAUCCAGGAAGAUUUCACAAUUCAAGAUGCAACGGGUAAACAUCUAAUGGCGAUGACAGUAUUUAGGUUAUCCAUAGAAUACUUAAAAGAUGAUCUGAUAGACAUGUCAAAGACGCAAGUUCUCGACGGUAAUUUGACAGAAAAGGAUAUCCAGUGGGUUUUAACAGUUCCUGCAAUAUGGGGCGAUACAGCCAAACAGUUCAUGCGUGAAGCUGCCGAAAAUGCAGGAAUAGAGAACGAGCGCCUCAUCAUAGCUCUUGAACCGGAAGCUGCAUCCAUUUAUUGCCGUUUAGUUCCAACAAAAAGAAACCAGGACUCCCUCGGGAAAUUACCAAGUGGGGGCAAAUAUAUGAUACUAGAUGCUGGAGGAGGAACAAUUGACAUAACAGUACACGAAACAACACAAAACAAUGGGCUCAAAGAAAUAUACAAGGCUAGCGGAGGAGACUAUGGUGGUACAAUGGUUGACAGAGCUUUCGAGGAAUUUAUCUCUGAAAUUUUGGGUGGCGAUGUAAUGGAAAUGCUGAAAGAAGAUGAAGUAAACACAUAUCAUGAUUUGUUGAGAAACUUUGAAGUCAAGAAGAGAAUAACAAAAAAAGACACACAAGUAAUUAUGUACAUACCUUCAUUCUUGAUAAAUGUUCCAGAGAAAGAAAGAGAUAAAUAUUUUGAAAAUAAAAUUUCCCAGACAGGUUAUGAUGAGAAUAAAGUAAGCGUAACACGUGACAAACUGAAACUUCAUGCAGAUGUUAUUAAGGAAUUUUAUCAAAGGUCUCUGGACAGUAUUACGCAUCAUCUAGCUUCCCUAUUUCAAAAACCGGAGCUAAUUGAUUGUGAUACAUUAUUAAUGGUAGGUGGAUAUUCGGAGUCACCUUUGCUUCAGCGACGUAUUAAAGAUACCUUUCCAAACAUGAAACUCGUUGUACCAUCAGAUGCUGGGCUGGCUGUGCUAAAAGGUGCCGUAAUAUAUGGUCACAAUCCGGCCGUAAUUGCACAGAGAGUUUGUAAAUAUACAUAUGGGAUUGGCAAAUCACAUAUAAGUGGCCCGAAUUGCAGACAUCCGCCCAGCAAGAAAACCUGUGUAAAUGGUGUUGAAAGAUGUAAUGAUAUAUUCUUUGCGCAUGUUCAUGCAGGAGAUGUUAUCAAAGUAGGAGGCGAAUGUAAAGCACAUCAGUUCUGGCCAGUCGAACCAUCGCAAACAGAAAUGACAUUUCCUAUAUACUGUACUAAAGAGCGAUAUCCUGAGCUAGUAACGGAUCCAGGUUGUAUAAAAUUGGGAAGUGUUACCAUACCAAUGCUUGAUACAACCGGUGGAUGUUCUCGAAGUGUUUAUUUGAGUUUUCUGUUCGGUGGAACAGAAAUAGAAGUCAAAGCGAAAGACCCUAGGGAAGGGACAGUGAGUAAAAUGAAAUUUUCGUUUAGGGGGUAACUAUGGAAUAGUGUAGUUUCUAAAUAAAGUAAGAGAAAUGCAGACGCUGGUAUCAUAUUUACUGUUUAACGGGAAGUAUAAGUCAAAACGAAGGACCAUAGGGAAGAGACUGUGAGUAAAUUGAAAUUUUCGUUUUGGAGAUAACUAUGUAAUAGUGAAGCUACUUAAAAGAAGAGAAACAUUUAUAUGAACGCGGAAAGAGAAAUGCAGUCGCUGGUAUGCAGUUAUAUUUACGAAACUUUUCUUUCUGUUUAACUAGGAGUAAAAAAAAUUGAAAUAUUAUUAGAAUAAGAAU